UUCUUAUUCCAUUGUAAAUAAUCAAAUUUCAAAUGCUAAAAUUGGGCUUCGAAAAAUAAAAAACAAAUAAAGAAAGAUUUAUAUGCUGGAAGCUAAAUUAUAUUAUGAUUCGGACUUUUUCUUUUUUUCCUGAUAGCAGAAACAGACAUAAUUGAGUUGGCUCACCAGGAAACUUCGGGGCAUCCCAGAUGUUUGAUUUGAACAAAUAUGUGCUUUAAGCUAAUGUUUUCAAACCCAACUAAGAACUAAAACUACAAGUAUAGAAUAAUUUCUCUCCUGAGUUAUGGCACUAAGAGUGCCAAGAAUAGCUUCUUCACUUGGCUCCUUCUCUACAAUUCCUCGUCUCAUGUUCAGCAACGCAUCCCAAGAAUUCCCGGCCAUGUCUCUGUAUCGUUUCCACACCUCCCAACUUUUCUCCGCAUGCUCUACUUCGCCCGACGAUGGCGCUGGAGAAAGUUAUAGCGAGUUUCAAAGAUGGCAUAAUGGAGGAGGAACUUUUCACAAGUCUGCCCAAAUUGAUCCAUCAGCAAGUGUAGACAUUGGUGCCGUCGUUCAUUCGAAAGCUGUAUUGGGUGCACAUGUUCAUAUUGGAUCAGGAGCUAUUAUUGGACCUUCAGUUACUAUUGGUCAGUCAACAACAAUAGGGUACAAUGUUGCACUUUCUAAUUGCACUGUAGGUGAUUUGUGCGUAAUCCACAAUGGAGUGUGCAUUGGGCAAGAUGGCUUUGGGUUUCUUGUCGAUGAGCAUGGAAAUAUGUUAAAGAAGCCUCAAAUGCUAUAUGCUAGGAUAGGUAACAACGUGGAGAUAGGUGCUAACUCGUGCAUUGACAGAGGCAGUUGGAGAGAUACUGUUAUAGGAGAUCACUCAAAGAUAGAUAAUUUAGUUCAGAUAGCUCAUAAUGUAGUUAUUGGGAAGUGUUGCAUGCUGUGUGGCCAAGUUGGAAUUGCAGGUUCUGUAACAGUUGGAGACUACGUGACUAUGGGAGGAAGAGCAAUAGUUCGAGAUCACGUUUCUAUUGCAUCAAAGGUCCGUCUGGCAGGUGCAAGCUGUGUUACUAAGGAUAUUACAGAACCUGGGGACUAUAGUGGCUUUCCAGCGGUUCCGAUUCAUGAGUGGCGAAGACAAGUUGUAAUGCAUCGUCUGGCAGUGAAGAAAAAGAACCCAUAAAAGAUUGUCUACUUUGACAUAAAUUGUUUUCUUUCAUUUGUUUGCAUGCAAAAAGAUAAAAGAAGAAAAUUUCUCUAGUUACCAUGUUUUUUUUAUGCGAUUCUUUUUUGGUUGAUCUUCUUUUCCAUUUCGAAUUAAAGAAUUCCAACCAAUAUAUCUCAUUUGAUUCUAAUUUUUUA